CUUAGGAAUAAAGAAACGCGGGCAAUUCUGUCGCCACAUAACACUGGAGAAAUAGCCAAACUCUUCAAAAGUAGGUUAACUAACUCCAAAUCAACAUAUCCAAAAAUAAUACACCUAGGUGGCAUUACUCACGAAAGUGCUGAGGAUAUAUGUGAGGUGUUUAGCACGCACUUUGCCAAACUGUACACUCUAGAAAAUGACCAGGAUAUAGAUUUCCCUCGUAAAACAGAAAAGUGUCUAAGCGAUGUAGUCUUAAACGCCCAAGAAAUCGAUAAAGCUAUCACAACUCUUAAGCUUACUAUUACUCCCGGCCCAGAUGGAAUGUCUUCCGUCCUCUUAAAAAAUGGUGGAAAUGACAUGAAUCUACUUCUUCUCAAGAUAUUUUCAACUUCGAUAAGGAGUGGAACAUAUCCAAAUAGCUGGAAGAAAUCCUACGUUGUACCCAUUCACAAAACCGGACCUACAGCGGACAUAGAUAAUUACCGCCCGAUCAACAUUACUUCCGUAGUUUCACGUGUGAUGGAAAAGAUUGUAAAGAAGCAAAUUGUUCAGUAUUUGCUCUCGAAUGACUUAAUAUCCCCUUUCCAAUACGGUUUCCUAAAUAGAAGAUCGUGCAUUACGUGCCAGUUAGAUUAUUUCGACCACAUUACUGAAUGUGUAGACAAAGGUCGUUCGGCAGCAACAUUAUUUCUAGAUGUUAGGAAAGCUUUUGAUAAAGUCCCACAUAAAAGACUCAUACUGAAACUCCUAUCUUAUGGAAUAAGUGGAAGGCUUCUUGAGUGGAUAACUUCCUUUCUUACAGGAAGAGAACAGUUAGUUAAAGUCAACCAUCACUUAUCAACAUCCAAACCGAUAACCAGCGGCGUGAUACAAGGUAGUGUUCUUGGCCCUACCCUAUUCAUUGUAUUCAUAAAUGAUAUUGUCUCUAUGAUCAAGUAUGGCAAGCCAUACCUCUUUGCAGAUGACCUCAAAGUUGUCUAUGAUUUUGACUAUAAUGAUAUGAAUAUUGUUAGUAAAAUCCAAGAAGACCUAAAUAGUCUAUGUAAUUGGAGUGAAAAGUGGCAGUUAACGUUCAAUCCAGCUAAAUCUGGGAUAACAUACUUCGGACGUUGGAAACCUAGCAUGUGUCUAUACAUGUACGGUGACCUUGUCUCAAACACAAACACAGUCACAGAUCUCGGGAUAACAUACUCAGAUCUUACAUUUACUGAACAUGCAAAUAAGGUGGUAUCUGAUUGUAAACGUCUAACCGGCUUUGUGCUACGCAACUUUUACACUCCAGAAGCCAGAUUAGCCAUAUAUAAGAUAUGCAUUCGCCCCAAACUUGAAUACUGUGCCCACUUAUACAGUAGCUUCAAGUCGGCAGACAGAAAAAAGUUGAAAGUGUCCAAAGAUUCCUUACGAAACGCAUAUUAGGCUAUGGUCAGCAAAUAGAAUACCUUGACAGAUGUAUUCGACUGGACUUAGAGCCCUUAUGGUUAAGGAGAGUGAAGUGCAAUUUAUUUCUCUUAUUCAAAGUUAUAAGAAAGCACUGUAACAGUAACUCGUCCAUAACCUGGGCUAAUCCUAAAUCGUAUGGACUACGCAACCACAACUACCUUCUCAAGGUUAACACCCAUAAACUCAUCACU